AUGCAUAUUUCUCAGAAUCCGGACCAUUUAUGGGACUGCGAUGGCGGCGCUCGACUUCAGCCCACGAGUUUGUCAUGGCUGUACAGAAACAGAGGCAAACGCUGCUCAUACGCGCUUCCUUCCGUGUCUUCCUCACAGGAAUCUAGCUUAAGACACAAGGUUGUUUCUUACGAUAUCGUUUUCGCUGGUUCGUACCAAUGGACAGAGCAACGGAACUUUGCUUGUAGCACGGCUGUGACCUUGGCAUCUUUGCUUACACUUUGUGUGGGAUCCAGAUGCCUGCUGACGCCUUCAUCAUUCGUGUCGAGGACUGGUCAGUUGUCCCAAAACCCUGGCCGUAUUCCCGCGCACCCCUCGUCUGCCUUGACACCUUAUUGCACCCGCACCUCACUGGCUGAUGAGGCUGCUCGCACGACUGCAGCAAGAGUCUUCUUUGCUUAUGGCAGCAUACUCGUAUCUGGGUGUUCACCCCAUGGCAGGGAGCGUCGCACUCCGUGCUGUGGGUGCACAGUAGCAUCGACGCUUGUGGUCCUCGGCAUGGCCGUCGUUGUCGAAUCCAAGAAAACGCAAUGGGGCCUUGACCGUACGCGUGCGCUUGUCACGAUCCCGGUGCACGUCUUCCGACCCUGGUUCGUCGGGGCUUGCCGCCAAGCCUUCAGGGCGAGCUGGGUAGGCCUGGCAGACCCACAACGUCUGAUUUUGGUGCAUCCUCGACACUGGCCGAGACCUGUCGCGCCUUCGCCAAUCACGGACCUUGAUCCAGAUUUGGCUCCUGUCGCCGGCCUCGGACCCCCUGGACAGGCGAACCCGCCCACCCGGCUGAGUGUUACUUGGCCUUGGCGGUACCAUCGGUGCGGGUGGCUGGACCGUGCCGCAGCACGGCUGUGGCUCGUGAGACGUGCUCGCUAUUUUCCACCUGCUCCUCGUCACACGAAAUCGAGAAUCUGUCCCGUACGACCUGCUCCAGGCCAUGGACCAUGUGGCGCCAGAGGACAGCACAUCGCAGCUGCACGAGAAGCAACACGAAAGCUUCGCACUCCAGUUUACAGAUCCAGCUUAACACGAGAUAUCGGCCAGAUCUCUCGAAGUCUUGUCCAGAGGAGGGAUCACAAGUCUGCCGCUGUUUUGGCCUCUUUUGUCAUCCUUCGCACUUGCCCAUUCUUAAAGCCUGUCCCCCGCAGGCCGGCCUACAGCCUCGAUCACGGCGUCCCGAGCGGGACAUUGCACCAUCUUGUAGCCGCGGACAUCGAGUUGAACAUGGGGUUUGCCGUCGGUCAGCCAGGUUGCAAGGUUGAUGUCUUUCUCGUAGAUCUGUGUCCAGACGUGCCCGGUAGACAGGAAGCCCUCCACCUUGAGAAAGCGUCCUACAAGGCCACCGUCGCUGCCGACUGGUACGUCUAA